UCUAGCUAUAUACAGAAUGGGAAGAUCCCCUUGCUGCGAUGAGAAUGGCCUCAAGAAAGGACCAUGGACUCCGGAGGAAGAUGAGAAGCUUGUUCAGUACAUUCAGAAACAUGGCCAUGGAAGUUGGAGAGCUCUUCCCAAGCUAGCAGGUCUGAAUAGAUGUGGAAAAAGCUGUAGGCUAAGGUGGACCAAUUAUUUACGGCCUGACAUCAAGAGAGGCAAUUUUUCUGAAGAAGAAGAGCAAACCAUACUGCAUCUCCAUUCCAUCCUUGGAAACAAAUGGUCGGCAAUUGCAUCCCAUCUUCCGGGCAGGACUGAUAACGAGAUCAAGAAUUUCUGGAACACACAUCUAAAGAAGAAGUUAAUUCAGAUGGGUUUUGAUCCAAUGACCCACCAGCCACGAACAGAUCUUGUUUCCACCUUGCCGUAUCUGCUAGCUCUGGUCAACAUGACAGACAUUAUGGAUCACCACCACCUUCCUGCUUGGGAUGAUCAGGCUGUGAAACUUCAAGCAGAGGCAGUUCAGUUGGCAAAGCUUCAAUAUUUAAACUCCUUACUCCAACCCACGACUUCCUUGAACACCACCAACUCCUGCGACCAAAAUGGCUUCACCACAAGCAUGGAUACUAUCAAUUUGUUAAAUUCAAUGGCUGAUUUGAAAGAGAACCCAGGUAUGAACUACCCACAGUUGAAUAAUCCAGGCUCAUUAGCUUCUCAACCACUCCACCAUCACCCCACCAUGUUAUCUCACAUGCCAGACCCACCACAAGUCCCUUCCGCUCCCAAUCAUGUUUGA